GUGUCACCCAUGCAGCUGCUGCUCGAGGGCGACGCGGAGGCCGAGGCGGCGGAGCGCAUCGCGCAGGCGAAGCUCAGGCGGGACGCUGCCGAGGUGCAGCUUGUCGAGCGGCACGUUGUCGAGGAGCUCUCGCGGUGGGACGCGACCAGGGCGGACAGCGGCGCGCUCGACGCGGGCGGCAUCUCCAUCCAGCACGUCAUGAAGAUGGUGCAACCCGAGCGCUUCGGGGCUGACGAUCAGGUCCUCAGGGACUUGAUGCAAGAGGCCUAUAACGACUACAGCCAGGCGCAGGCCAGGUCCAUGCUGCAGAACCGGUGGGCGGACCUGCAGGAGUGCGCUCAGACGAAGGACGCGGUGACGGAUUGCCUCCACGGAGAUCAGCGAGUGAGGGAAGAGGAGUCGCGAAUUGGGCAUGAGUUCUCGUUCGUGCGCUACAGGAUCUACGAAGGCCAGGACUUAGAUCGCGACGGCGCCACCGUGAAGGAGACGCUCGUGGAUGCGCGGAUGGCGCGGGCGAGCGCGGCGGCGAAGUUGACUGGGGGCUGCCGGCGAAGCCGCGGGAUUCCUGAUGGCGAGAUUCGCGUGGCCGAGUCCGAGGCUUGUCUCCGCCGGCCUCCCCCUCCCGAGACGGCGGGAGCUCGGGGCGCGGUCGCGCAGUUGCAUUGCGUCUUGACUGGGCCCAAGAAACGAGAAGUGCACUCGAAAGAGACGCUCUCCGUCGUGGCCGAGCCGAAGAUCGAGUGCGUUGGCGUCGAACCGUCUGAAGCAGUUAACCCUGGGUCCCACAUGUGCAGAGAAGCCAGCGAGCUUUCUAGGAUUGCGAAUAUCACCGAGUUUAGAUCCUUGAUGGACGUCGACGGGCACCGUGCGUUUGACUUCCCGACUAAGCAGUCAAUGGUGCCAUGA